CUCCUCCUCCCCUCCCGGCUUCCACUUUUAAAAAAAGUCCGCCAUUGUUUACGCGCAAGCUCAGAAGCUGCAGAAGAAGAGGAAGAAGAAGAAGAAGAAAUGUCGACCGGGAGAAAUCAGCACAAACGCUGCUGUGUCGUUGGCUGUAAAGACCCACCCGUGUCCCUCCAUCGACUCCCGGCUGCAGAGGACCUGAGAGAGAAGUGGCUGGACUUCAUUUACGAUGGAGACGUCCCCUCCUCGGUGGGGAAACACUUGUGCGUGUGUGCCGACCACUUCACCCCGGACUGCUUCGUCAACUACGGGCAGUACAGUUCAGGAAUGGCCACCAAACUCCUGCUGGAGGACGGGUCUGUACCGACUGUCCGUGUCAGGUCAAACGACGAGGAAAACGUAUCUCAACGCUACAACGAGCAGAGGCCUAGGGAUGCACCACCCAGCCUUCCUUUGACUAAUCUGGCUCCACAAAGCCUGAAUAUGGCAGGACCACAAAGCGAGCUCAUCAUAUCCAGCCUGCCUUUCAGGAACCUGCCUCCACAAAGCAUGGUGAAUAUAUCAGGAUCACAAAGCGAGGUCAUCAUAGCCAGCCGUCCUUUCAGGAACCUGCCUCCACAAAGCAUGAUGAAUAUAUCUGGAGCACAAAGCGAGCUCAUCAUAUCCAGCCUUCCUCUGAGUAAUCUGGCUACACAAAGCCUGGAUAUAUCGGGGACAACAAACCAGGAAAGCCUGCUGGAGCUAGGGACCGUCCUGCUCGACGCGGCCUGCCAGACCGACCCACAAAAGGGGUGUUCAGUCGGCACACAGCUGACCAAGACGACGCUCCAAGCUCGCUUCAGGAGCAAAGGCACGCAGAGCUCGGUGCCCAGAAAGGACGUUGGUGUCACUGUCGGCACAUCAACGUUGACGAAGAGACCGCUUAAGAGAACACGCUUGGAAGAGUGCAGCCCGCUCACGUGUGAUUCUGCCGACUCCGCCAAAGACCUGAGUGGGUCGACUGAUGUAACACCUGAGCCUUCUGGUCCCGUUAAUAAGACUACGUUUACUAUCUGUGAAACAUACCUUCUGGAGAUCUUCAAGGAGUGCCCUGUGUGUCAGGCGGUCUGCGAUGUACAGCAGAGACGGAUGGGCCCGUUUUUAUAUGUAGAUCAGCAGUGCCAAAACUGUCGAUUUGAACGAAAAUGGAGCAGCAAGCCAGAUGUUGGAGGCGCUCCUGCUGGAAACCUUCAGCGGUCCUCUGCAGUCAGUGCAACUAUAAAAACUGAAGAGGACUCUUCCACGGCCAGAGAGGGGGGCAGAGUGGACCUCCAUCCUCAACCGCACCCAUGAAGAUCCAACUUCCCCCCCGUCUGCAUCCACUAGGGACUUGAAGGGACAAAUGAUCAGCAGCCUUCAGCAGACUGGAGAAAGUUCUAGCUAACGAGGGGAUUCUAAUAGAUGAGGCAAAAGUGAGCCAACACCGUCAGAGGUCUUCGCUGGAGGUCUUUAACAGCGCCGUUCUGCGGUCUGCACCAAAAUGUCGCCUUCCCUUUUCUUGGGAUGUUACGCAGACUCUUCCUGGCAGCCCGUCACUUCAAUGAGAACUCGGGCCGUCCCCGAGCGUCAACGUCAACCGGGGACCUGCAAUACAGACUGAACUGUCGACGACAGUCCCAUGCCGUCAAAAUAUUACGUAGACGAGCUCCUAGACCUCUUCUUCGAAAAGUCCUCCAGGAUUCUGCUCCGUAUGUGGCUGAGGCGAUGGAAAUCCCCAACCCACGAGGAUCUGCCCGGCACAGUUUGACAGACUGACAGGGGAUUGCAGCUAUGAGUGUCGAGGUUCAGUUAAGGGCAGGUCUGAACCUCACAAAUUGUCCGUUGGUGUCAGGACACCCGGUCCAUUUCUAAAGGACCACGCAGGCAGGCGGGCGGCCCAAGAGCCCCCGAUACCAGCUCAUGAAGCUCCUGUAGGUCAAGUACCUACACUGGGCUGAAUAAACUGUUUUAUUGUUUUAUUACUUUGUUAUAAAAGUUGUGUGCAUCCAACAAUAAAAGUUUUGUAUAAA